UCCUCAUAGUUGCUUUUGAGGCAGGACCUCCUCCUGUGUCAGAGAUGUCCGUAACAUUUCCUGCUGGAAAACUGGAUGGCCAUUUUUACUUAGAGAUUAAGUUCGACUUUACUCAUUUUGUAAAGAAAAUAAAGCGAGGCUGGAAGGAAAUGUCUGAUUUAAAAACAAAAAAAAGGCUGAAUGAAAACUAAGGGGAUACAGGAUCUCAGGCUGAAUCAAGCCAGAAUGUGCUUGGCUUUUGAGGUUCACACACCUGUUCUCUAUCUGGGAAAUAAAACUGCCUGAAUCAAAAUCACGCAACAGAGGAAGACAGAGGAGGAUGCAGCCUUUCCAGGAGGGGGAGAUGUUACCCAAGUAAGGAGUAGACUAUGAUACAGGGAUUGCACCCAUAAUCUGGGCAGAAUCAUGAAAGGGUGUUCAUCCUAUCUAAUAUACUCCUUUGGGGGACUUUUGUCCCUAUGGAUUCUUGUGGUGUCUUCCACAAACCAAUGUACUGUGAGAUACAACAUAGCUGACUGCAGCCAUUUGAAGCUAACACACAUACCUGGUGACCUUCCCUCUAAUAUAACAGUGUUGAAUCUUACCCACAACCAACUCAGAGGAUUACCACCUACCAAUUUUACAAGAUACAGCCACCUUACUAUCUUGGAUGCAGGAUUUAACUCCAUUUCAAAACUGGAUCCAGAACUAUGCCAAAUACUCCCUUUGUUGAAAGUAUUGAACCUGCAACACAAUGAGCUAUCUCAGAUUUCGGAUAAAACCUUCGUCUUCUGCACGAACCUGACAGAACUCCAUCUAAUGUCUAACUCAAUACACAAAAUUAAAAGCAACCCUUUCAAAAACCAGAAGAAUCUAAUCAAAUUAGAUUUGUCUCAUAAUGGUUUAUCAUCUACAAAGUUGGGAACUGGGAUCCAACUGGAGAACCUCCAAGAGCUGCUCUUAGCAAAAAAUAAAAUCCUUGGACUACAAAGUGAAGAACUUGAUUUUCUUGGCAAUACUUCUUUACAAAAAUUGGACUUGUCGUCAAAUCCACUGAAAGAGUUCUCACCAGGGUGUUUCCACACGAUUGGCAAGUUAUUCACUGUCCUCUUGAACAAUGCCCAACUGAACCUCCACCUCACCGAGAAGCUCUGUUGGGAGCUUUCAAAUACAAGCAUCCAGAAUCUCUCUCUGGCUAACAACCAGCUGCUGGCAACCAGCAACAGCACUUUCUCCGGGCUGAAGCACACAAACCUCACCUGGCUCGAUCUUUCCAACAACAGCCUCCGCGAUGUCGGUAACGAUUCCUUCUCUUGGCUCCCACACCUGAGGUACCUGUCUCUAGAGUACAAUAAUAUACAGCGUCUGUCCCCUCGUUCUUUUUAUGGACUUUCCAACCUGAGGUACCUGAGUUUGAAGCGAGCAUUUACUAAGCAAAGUGUUUCACUUGCUUCACACCCCAACAUUGAAGAUUUUUCCUUUCAGUGGCUAAAAUGUUUGGAAUAUCUCAGCAUGGAUGAUAAUAAUAUUCCGGGUACAAAAAGCAAUACUUUUACAGGAUUGGUGAGUCUGAAAUACCUAAGUCUUUCUAAAACUUUCACAAGUUUGCAAACUUUAACAAAUGAAACAUUUGUGUCACUUGCUCAUUCUCCUCUGCUCACUCUCAAUUUAACGAAAAAUCACAUCUCAAAAAUAGCAAGUGGUACUUUCUCUUGGUUGGGCCAACUCAGGAUACUUGAUCUCGGCCUUAAUGAAAUUGAACAAGAACUCACGGGCCAGGAAUGGAAAGGUCUGAGAAAUAUAUUUGAGAUCUACCUGUCCUAUAACAAAUACCUCCAACUGACUAGCAAUUCCUUUGCUUUGGUUCCCAGCCUUCAAAGACUGAUGCUCAGGAGGGUGGCCCUUAAAAAUGUGGAUAUUUCCCCUUCGCCUUUCCGCCCUCUUCGUAACUUGACUAUUCUGGACUUAAGCAACAACAACAUAGCCAACAUAAAUGAGGACUUGUUAGAGGGUCUUGAGAAUCUAGAAAUUCUGGAUUUUCAGCACAAUAACUUAGCAAGGCUCUGGAAACGUGCAAACCCUGGUGGUCCCGUUAAUUUCCUGAAGGGUCUGUCUCACCUCCACAUCUUGAAUUUAGAGUCCAAUGGCUUAGAUGAAAUCCCAGUCGAGGUAUUCAAGAACUUAUUCGAACUAAAGAGCCUCAAUCUAGGACUGAAUAAUUUAAACAAACUUCAAUCAUUCAUUUUUGACGACCAGACAUCUCUAAGGUCAUUGAACCUUCAGAAGAACCUCAUAACAUCCGUUGAGAAGGAUGUUUUCGGGCCACCUUUUCAAAACCUGAAGAGUUUAGAUAUGCGCUUCAAUCCAUUUGACUGUACAUGUGAAAGUAUUUCCUGGUUUGUUAACUGGAUCAACCAGACCCACACUAAUAUCUCUGAGCUAUCCACUCAUUACCUCUGCAACACUCCACAUCACUACUAUGGCUUCCCAGUGAAGCUUUUUGAUACAUCUUCCUGUAAAGACAGUGCCCCCUUUGAGCUCCUUUUCAUAAUCAGUACCAGUAUGCUCCUGAUUUUUAUUCUUACAGUACUGCUCAUUCACUUCGAGGGUUGGAGGAUCUCUUUUUACUGGAAUGUUUCAGUGCAUCGAAUUCUUGGUUUCAAGGAAAUAGAAGCCCAGGGUGAGCAGUUUGAAUAUACAGCCUACAUAAUCCAUGCCCAUAAAGAUAGAGACUGGGUCUGGGAACAUUUCUCCCCAAUGGAAGAACAAGACCAAUCUCUCAAAUUUUGCCUAGAAGAAAGGGACUUUGAAGCAGGAGUCCUUGGACUUGAAGCUAUUGUUAAUAGCAUCAAAAGAAGCAAGAAAAUCAUUUUUGUCAUAACACAUCACCUGUUAAGAGACCCUCUGUGCAGAAGAUUCAAGGUGCAUCACGCUGUUCAGCAAGCUAUUGAGCAAAAUCUGGAUUCAAUUAUAUUGAUUUUUCUCCAGAAUAUUCCAGAUUAUAAACUAAAUCAUGCACUCUGUUUGCGAAGAGGAAUGUUUAAAUCUCAUUGCAUCUUGAACUGGCCAGUUCAGAAAGAACGGAUAAAUGCCUUUCAUCAUAAAUUGCAAGUAGCACUUGGGUCAAGGAAUUCAGCACAUUAAACUCAUUUGAAGAUUCAGAGUUGGUAAAGGGAUAGAUCUAAUUUAUAAAGGUCCAUCAUAAAUCUGAAUUUUACUUGAAAGUUUUGUAUCUGUUUAUUUAGAUGUAUAGAUGAUGAUAUUGUAUCACAAUUGAAUCUCACUUUUGAAAUAUUUCUGCUUAUUUCAGGCCUCUCAUUGACAACUGGUUUAUUCACUCCAAAUAAAUUCAUGGGCAGUUAAGAGCAUCCUCUAUUAAUAGAUUACCAAUUGAUCCCUGAGGUGUAUCACAGCUCCAAAGUAUUGAAAAUAUUCUUUAUAUAAAGCCCAGAGUUUCAUGAACAUAAUUUUUUAAACGGAGUCUUGCUGUGUAGCUCAGGCCUGGAAAUAAAUAUGUUAAAGAGCCUCAUCUUGAACUGACUGAUAUCUGCUUGCCUCUGCCUCCAGAAUGAUGCUUUUAAGGGCACGUAGCACCAUACCCAGCUACAUAUAUGAGAUUUUAUAAUGCUCAUCUUCUGAGACAUUUAUAGAAUAAAAGAUAAUUUCUUCUAUGGUACAUAUGGUAUCGUAUGAAUGAUAACAAGAAUAAAAUAUUUAGAGAGAGAGGUUUUGACUUUUCAGUUGAAAAGCUUUGUAUUUUAUUUUGAUGUUGGUAGUGAUAUUGAGUAGGUUUUGAAUCUGCAUACCCAAGAGCAGAAUGUCUUCAUAAUCUUCAUAGUGUCACAGGACCCCAGGCCUUAGUAGGCCGCCAGGCCUAGCACAACUGACUCCAUGAUGGAAGUACCAUUUAGGUCAUAAAACUCAGUACCUAGACAGCAUCACCUGCCAAGAUGAGAACAAAGACCUAACCCAUCGAAGUCUGUGCUUCUGGGAAAGUGUCUAAAUGGACUAAACUUGCCCUUUGGCUUCUGUAGUUCUGCUUCUGACUGCUUUUGUUAAUUGAAGUACAUCAACACAGAUUAUGAUUUUCAUCAUUGUUUUGUUUUUGUGCCUAAAAGCUCCGUCAGGGAUCCCAAACAGCUAAUGUGGUUCCAACUGGCUAUUAAAGACUCUCUGUUGACGGAAA